UCCGUGUCCACUCACUGGCAGUGCGGCGGCGCAGCAACCAUGAGGGGGACAGCCAGUGGUUCCAGCUGGCUAUGGACGUUGUUGGUGCUGCUCGAGGGUGCUGCGCUAUCCUUCGCGGAUGGCGAUUUGGAAUGUGCCUGCAGCCUCAGGACCCAGAAAGACGCGAUGGUCAACGUCACCUGCCCGAAAGUGCACAAUGGAAGCAACGAGUUCAGCUGCUUGAAAGGAGAGCGACGGCCGUCCACCCCACCAGCCCCGCGGUAUCUGCGCGACGGCUUUAUGCCGCUGUCGGGCCGCUCCAUGGUGCUCUUCUCGCGCAAUGGCAACACGUGGCAGGGCGCUCGCAGCGCCUGUGCUCUGGUGGGGGCCGACCUGCUGGUGCCACGCGACCGGGACGCCAUGGAGCUGCUCAGUCGUAGUCCAUUCUCGGAACUGUUCAACGAUCUAGAGGCCUUCCUUGGAGCUAGUGAUAUAGCGUCGGAGGGUCAUUUUGUAGACAUUGAAGGUAAUCCAUUGGACGUACGCUGGAGGACUUACGAACCCAACAACGCGGGCGGCAACGAAAACUGCUUGGCGUGGAACCGGGACGGCGGAGCCAACGACCGCGGCUGCGAGGAGACGCUGCAGUACCUGUGCGAGUGGCGGCUGCGGGCGCCGCUGCCCCCCGGCUACUCGCUGGCGGCCGGCGCGGGCACCUUCCUGCGCCUCAGCGAAGACCGCCGCCCCUACGAGGCCGCCGCCGACGCGUGUGCCGCCGACGGGGCGGCGCUCUUCGUGCCCGACGCCAGGCACCGCGUGGAGGCGCUCCUGCGGCACGUGCCCGUCGACAGCGGCGACAUACUGGUCGACGUCAACGACCGCGACGACGAGGGAGUCUUCGUCACCGGCACGGGACGGCGUCUGUCGGACUUGGAGUUCCACGACUGGCUGCCCGGGCAGCCGGACGACGGGGGCGGCGGGGGCGGUGGGGGCGGCGCCGGCGAGGACUGCGUGGUGCUUCACUCGCACGGCUUCCUGGCCGACGUGUCCUGCGAGCUGCCGCUGCGCUACGUCUGCGAGUGGCUGCCGUGACCGUUCCUCCCGCUUCGCUACCAGCCAGACACCGCCUCUCACGGCCUCGCACAAGCGAGCUCUCAGGAGAGACCGUGUACUCUUCAGAGGAAUGGACCUAUUUGUGAACACACAUUUGUGGGGAAACUAGGUUCCCCAUAGUGUCUCGUGCUCAAGGAUCUUCCACAAUGAAAAUGGGAAAUAAAAUUCCAUUAUGACCGAAGAGGAAAAUCUGUUUCCUUCACUACGCCACAGUGACUACUAAAUAAAUGAUCAUAUCUGACCAACGCUUAAAAUUGGAAGAACCGUGCAGGUCAAUGUGACCGAUUAGUGUUGCUUAAUAGUUUAAUAAUGAAUAAACACCUAAGUAUUAAUUCAGGGGGAUUGUAUUUCAUGAGUUUUAAUAUACUUUGGUGAUUUACAAUUUCUGUGAAAGACAAACAAACUUGUGUAACAAAAGCUGAACGCUUUUUAGAAAUUAGGAUGGCAGCCGAUCAAUUUGACCAGUGUGAUAUUUUUUUAGGUUUCGUGCUUCUAUAAAGUGUAAUUAUGGAGUUUUACUUGUGCUUAGCUUAUUCUAUUUCAUUGUUGUGAUCUCGUUCCCUGUUUUUCUUUACAUUUUACUUUAUUUAGUGCUACAGUGGACAUGCUUCAGUUGCUGUGUUCUGCCAAUGCGUCCCUCAUUAUUAUAGUGCAUCGGUACUUUCAUUCAGAUGAGCCUCUACAAUUCCAUAAAAUUUGGAACUAAUAAUCUGGACCAGAUGUCUCGUCUGUACACUGUACAAUAUGGCUGCCGCAGAUGGCCUCUGUACAUUGUUUUCAAUGUGCUAGACCUUGCCGGAAUCAGCUCACUGAUCCUUUACAAGGAGACAACAGGAGGAAAAGUUAUCUGGUGACUGUUUCUUUCCAGAUUAGCAGAAGAAUUCUACUCUUUCUAUGUAUAAUCGAUGAAAGUGACAAUACAUACAUUAACUGUGACUAUUGAAAUAUGUAAGGUACAGUGAGGAACACCUGCCAAAUAAGAGAGAUUCAAACAAAAGUAAAAAUCUGUGUGUGCCGAUGCAAGACAUUCAUACGUGGUCCACCUGUGGGAAGUGUUCAGUAGGGGUGUGCAAAGUGUUUUGAUAAAGAUGGUGGCUUUGACAAACAACAUGUCACAGAGAAGGACAAUGUUAUUUUCUUUUAAAUGCCACAGCAUUUUAUGAAAAUUUUUCUUUAUUUACCCUAAUAGAUAUAUUUUAUAGCCUGUUUGGGGCUUUGAUUAAUACCAAGUCAUAGAGGUAAAAAUAGUAUUUUAUAAUUACAUGUUUAUUUGUAUUUGUAAGUCCAGUAAUGCAGUCUAGUUUUGUGAAUAUUGUAUUUAGGCUGUGUUCUUUACUGCGAUUGUUUCUUCUUUAGUUAAUUAUAGUUGUUAUAGAAAAAUGUAAGCAGAACACAUUCUAUUAAACAACGUAAGGUUGAGAAAAAUACACGAGUGACAUUUAAAAA